CAUAAACGAGCAUAUAUAAGAGCAGAGGAGGGACGCAGGCCACAUUGUGAGCACCUGUUGGAUUGAUCGCAGUUUGGCAUCGGAUUUGAAGCAAAUCUCAUUCUCUGUGGCAUCUUUUACCGUUUUCUCUCCAUCAUGAAGUGGCUGAUUACAGGAUUCUGCAUGUUGGCUCUGCUCUCUGUCUUACAGGCUCAGUCAUCAACUAGAGCUCCAACUGCUCUGUCAACAAGUGGUCCUGCUACAACGACAACUGCAAAUACAACUGCAACUACAACUUCAGCUAGAACUUCAACUACAACUUCAGCUAGAACUUCAACUACAACUUCAGCUAAAACUUCAACUACAACUUCAGCUAGAACUUCAACUACAACUUCAGCUGCAACUACAACUACAGCUACAACUACAACUGUAGCUCCAACCAGUAAAAUCAGUUCUACUGCACCAAACCAGCCCACCACAACGUCUCCAUCUUCAGCGCCCACCAUGAUUCGAACCACAAUUCCAAGCAACAUGACCACGAUGACAAACACCUCGAUGCCAGAUAAUGACAACACCACAACAGCAAGCCUGACGACAAGUCCAAUGACCACGUCGUCCGGCAACUCAAUGACAGUUAGCGUCAUCAGCUUUACUCUAUCUGUCCUGCUCUUCAUGAUGUUGAAUUGAGCAUUACCUGAUUCAACCCUGGACUAAAGCGAAGUCUGACUGUUUGGCAAAGAACUGUAGUAUAAUAGUAUAUGAGUAAUAUAUAAAGGUGAAGUAUAGACUACGUGUAUAUUUGAUAUAUAAAUUACCAAUGAGUAUAUAAAUGCUCAAUUAUAAAUUAUAUUUUUGCUAGCAAUAUUGCUAAAUUAUAUUUAUAGUAGCAUAAGCCAAAACUGAAAAACAGAUAAUAGUUUUCUUGACUAAAUGCUUGGUAUGAUAAACCUAACGGCUUAUGCUUAAAUGCUUAAAAUUAGAAAUUUGCUUUGUUGAUAAAUAUAAACUCUGUGUCUCUAUGUAUGAAUUUAUGUUUUUUAUUACAUUAUUUCAAUGAAUAACUUGGAACUUGGAAAUGGAAGUGUCCAUAAAGAAAGAAAUAAUUAUAAUGUACAUAUAAAGUGCCUUUAUUAGAUUUAAAAAGUGCUUGUUGCACCACAAAUGAGGACUUUCUAUACAUUUUAAACGAAAAAUUUAUAUUUAUAGUUUACUGCCUGAAAUAAAGAAAAAAAAAUGUUGAUUGUAUGUCUUUCAUAGUUAUAACUAGUGAAGAUUUUCAUUGUAAUGUGACAGCAAUGUAUUUACUAGCAACUUUUUCUUGACUGAAACAUGUUAAGCAAAAUCAGUUAUUUCCUUUUGCUCAGUUUAUGACCUCAUGACAUCCUGCGAAAACUAUUUAAGCCUUUGGCUAAUCAUAAAACAAAUGAUUCAUGCUACAAUCUACAAGAAAUGUCAAAUAAUAAAGUUGACUUCAUCAAAGUUGUCCUAAGACAAGAACGGGUAUUGUUUUGGUUUUAGGACAACUUUGAUGAAAAGUUUUAAUCCACUUCAAAUUCAGGUUUAUGAAGUGUUGCAUCAACCAAACACAUGAACACAUUAAUGUUUAUUUUAAUUAUCACUCUGUAAGUUAUUUAACCAUGUAUUAUUUUUUGGAAGGCUUUUGUUUUUCAAACACAUUAAAAUGCACAAAAUCACAA